GCCGCCGCCCGCCACUCUGCCUGAGCCAGGUCGUUGUGGACCUCAAAAAGAUGUAGAGAAAAUUAACAGUGUAUAGUAAUGGCAGCCGCCUCACAGUCUAUCCGUCAUCCACUUGCUGCUACCGGCGCUUGUAGUCUUGACGCUCUCAACAAUGUACUCUCUGACCUCUGCACCAGAGGAAAUCCUAAGGAUGGGGCUGCAGUAGCUUUGAGGCGGCUUGUUGAGGAAGAAGCUCGUGAUCUGAGUGGAGAUGCAUUUUCACGAUUUAUGGAUAAUCUCUAUGAGCGUAUUACUGUUCUUCUUGAGAGUAAUGAGGUUGCUGAAAAUUUGGGAGCUUUAAGGGCUAUAAAUGAAUUAAUAGAUGUCACUAUUGGGGAAAAUGCAUCAAAAGUAGCUAAAUUUUCCAAUUACAUGCGAAAUGUAUUUGAAGUAAAGCGUGAUACUGAAAUUCUGGUACUUGCUAGUCAAGUUUUAGGCCACCUAGCUAGGGCUGGUGGUGCAAUGACAGCUGAUGAAGUGGAAUGCCAGGUGAAAAAUGCACUUCAAUGGCUUAGUGGUGACAGAGUUGAGUAUCGCCGCUUUGCUGCUGUACUAAUAUUGAAAGAAAUGGCUGAAAAUGCUUCAACUGUAUUUAAUGUUCAUGUACCUGAGUUUGUGGACGCCAUUUGGGUUGCACUAAGAGAUCCAACACUUGCUGUUCGAGAGCGAGCUGUUGAAGCAUUGCGUGCAUGCCUCCGUGUUAUUGAAAAGCGCGAGACCCGCUGGCGUGUUCAAUGGUACUACCGUAUGUUUGAAGCCACCCAAGAUGGAUUGGGGAGAAAUGCUCCCAUCCACAGCAUUCAUGGCUCUCUUCUUGCAGUUGGAGAGCUUUUGAGGAAUACUGGAGAAUUCAUGAUGUCUAGAUACAGAGAAGUAGCUGAGAUUGUGCUUAGAUACCUGGAGCACCGGGAUCGCCUUGUUCGACUCAGCAUUACUUCUCUGCUGCCUCGAAUUGCCCAUUUCCUACGAGAUCGUUUUGUGACAAACUAUCUAACGAUAUGCAUGAAUCACAUACUCCACGUGCUUAAAAUACCUGCCGAACAAGCAAGUGGAUUCAUAGCUCUUGGAGAGAUGGCCGGUGCUCUAGAUGGAGAACUCAUUAACUAUUUGCCGACAAUAACAUCGCACCUUCGUGAUGCGAUUGCACCUCGUAGAGGCAGGCCUUCAAUGGAAGCAAUUGCUUGUGUUGGAAAUAUUGCAAAAGCAAUGGGUCCUGUGAUGGAGCCUCAUGUACGGGGUCUCUUGGAUGCCUUGUUCUCUUCUCGUCUCUCCCUUACAUUGGUAGAAGCCCUAGAUCAAAUAAGUAUAAGCAUCCCAACAUUGUUACCUACAAUUCAAGAUCGGUUACUUGACUGCAUUUCGACAAUACUUUCAAGAUCUCACCAGUCACGACCUUCAGUGGCCUCAAGUAGGGGACACGUUGCAAAUGCCACUCAACAAGUGCCAGAGCUUAGUGGUUCAGCUCUUGUUCAACUUGCUUUGCAAACUCUUGCUAGGUUCAACUUCAAGGGCCAUGAUCUUCUUGAAUUUGCAAAAGAGUGUGUUGUGUCAUAUUUGGAAGAUGAGGAUGGUGGAACAAGGAAAGAUGCAGCCUUGUGUUGCUCCAAACUGGUAUCAAAUUCUUUAUCUGGGAUCUCGUGCACACAGUUCACCUCUAGUAGGAUUAGCCGUACCAGUGGGAGGCGACGCCGGCUUGUUGAAGAGAUAGUCGAAAAACUGCUUAUUGCAGCCGUUGCUGAUGCAGAUGUCGCUGUCCGUCAUUCUGUUUUUUCUUCUCUGUAUGGUAAUGGCGGGUUUGAUGAUUAUCUGGCUCAGGCAGAUAGUUUGACUGCUAUAUUUGCUGCUCUCAAUGACGAGGAUUUUGAAGUUAGGGAGUAUGCAAUUUGUCUCGCUGGAAGGUUAUCUGAAAAGAAUCCAGCUUACGUUCUCCCAGCACUCCGCCGACAUCUUAUUCAACUGUUAACUUACCUAGAACAAAGUGCUGAUAACAAAUGCAAGGAAGAGAGUGCAAAGUUAUUGGGUUGCUUAAUCAGAAGUUGCGAGCGACUGAUUCUUCCAUAUAUUGCUCCUAUACACAAGGCACUUGUUGCCAAACUACGUGAAGGAACGGGAGUCAAUGCAAAUAAUGGCAUUAUUAGUGGCGUUGCUAAACUACGUGAAGGAACCGGAGUCAAUGCAAAUAAUGGCAUUAUUAGUGGCGUUCUGGUUACUGUUGGUGAUCUCUCCAAAGUGGGUGGUUUUGCAAUGAGGCAAUACAUUUCAGAACUGUUGUCCCUAAUUGUAGAGGCUUUACUAGAUAGUGCUGCUGCUACUAAACGUGAAGUUGCAGUUGCUACGCUUGGUCAGGUUGUACAAAGCACAGGUUAUGUCAUUGCUCCUUACAAUGAUUAUCCACUAUUGCUUGGUUUACUCCUAAAACUGCUAAAUGGAGAGCUGGCCUGGUCUACGAGACGUGAAGUUUUGAAGGUUCUUGGAAUAAUGGGUGCUUUGGAUCCUCAUGUGCACAAACGCAAUCAGCAAACCUUACCUGGACCGCAUGGCGAAGUUACUCGCACAGCUAAUGAUCCAGGUCAACAUAUAUGUUCAAUGGAUGAGUUGCCUAUGGAUCUUUGGCCAUCUUUUGCAACAUCAGAAGAUUAUUACUCCACGGUUGCUAUCAAUUCUCUCAUGCGGAUUCUUAGGGACCCUUCCUUGUCUAGUUACCAUCAAAAAGUUGUUGGAUCUCUCAUGUUCAUUUUCAAGUCAAUGGGGCUUGGAUGUGUCCCUUAUUUGCCGAAGGUUUUGCCGGAGCUCUUCAAUAUUGUUCGUACAUGUGAAGAUGGUUUAAAGGAGUUCAUAACAUGGAAGCUUGGGACACUGGUUUCAAUUGUUCGGCAGCAUGUUCGUAAACAUCUUCCAGAUAUGCUUUCUCUGAUAUCAGAAUUAUGGUCAUCCUUCUGCUCGUCCUCGGCUAAUCGAUCAGUUCAUAUUUCCGCAAUACUGCAUCUGGUGGAGCAACUCUGUCUGGCACUAAAUGAUGAAUUCAGAAAGUUUCUUCCAAAAAUACUUCCCUCUUGCAUUCAGUUUCUUAGUGAUGCUGAGCGGUCUAAUGAGUAUGAUUAUGUCCCCAAUAUUCUCCACACACUUGAAGUUUUUGGUGGUUCACUGGAUGAGCACAUGCAUCUUCUUCUUCCUGCUCUCAUUCGUUUGUUUAAAGUGGAUGCUUCAGUGGAAGUAAGGCGCGGUGCUAUCAAGACUCUAACAAGAUUAAUACCACGUGUACAGGUCAUUGGUCACAUAUCUGCUCUUGUACAUCAUUUAAAGCUUGUCCUGGAUGGCAACAAAGAAGAGCUUAGGAGGGAUGCUGUUGAUGCACUAUGUUGUUUAGCUCAUGCUCUUGGAGAGGACUUUACUAUAUUUAUUCCAUCCAUUCACAAGCUACUGCUGAAACAUCAUCUACAGCACAAGGAGUUUGAGGAAAUUGAAGGACACUUGAAAAGACGAGAGCCAUUGAUCCUUGGUUGCACAACUUCUCAAAGACUAAGCCGGCGGCUUCCUGUUGAGGUUAUCAGUGAUCCUUUGAGUGAUGGGGAGUUCGAUCAUUAUGAUGAUGGGAUGGAUGUGCAUAGGCAACUUAGAAGCCAUCAGGUGAAUGAUGGCCGAUUACGGACUGCCGGCGAAGCUUCUCAGCGUAGUACGAAAGAGGACUGGGCGGAAUGGAUGAGGCAUUUUAGCAUUGAACUUCUGAAGGAAUCACCAAGUCCAGCUUUAAGAACUUGUGCCAGACUUGCUCAACUACAGCCCUUCGUUGGACGGGAGUUGUUUGCAGCUGGUUUUGUUAGUUGCUGGUCAAAACUGAAUGAAGCCACUCAAAAACAGCUAGUACGGAGUUUAGAAAUGGCAUUUUCCUCUCCAAAUAUACCCCCUGAGAUCCUGGCAACUCUUUUAAACUUGGCAGAGUUUAUGGAACAUGACGAGAGACCUCUUCCUAUUGACAUACGUCUUCUUGGUGCUCUUGCAGAAAAGUGUCGUGCAUUUGCAAAGGCCUUGCAUUACAAAGAAAUGGAGUUUGAAGGUGCACGGUCCAAUAGAAGAGAUACAAAUCAAGUUGCUGUAGUUGAAGCACUUAUUCAUAUCAACAAUCAAUUACAUCAGCAUGAGGCAGCAGUUGGAAUAUUAACUUAUGCACAACAAAACUUGGGGGUUCAACUGAAAGAGUCAUGGUACGAAAAAUUGCAGCGAUGGGAUGAUGCUCUCAAAGCGUACACUGUUAAGGCAUCACAAGUGUCUAGCCCUCAUCUUGCUCUUGAUGCUACACUAGGAAGAAUGCGAUGCCUUGCUGCUUUAGCUAGGUGGGAAGAGCUUAACAAUCUUUGCAAGGAAUACUGGACUCCAGCUGAGCCAGCUGCUCGACUUGAAAUGGCACCAAUGGCUGCUAGUGCUGCUUGGAACAUGGGUGAAUGGGAUCAGAUGUCAGAAUAUGUUUCUCGGCUUGAUGAUGGUGAUGAAACUAAACUUCGAGUAUUGGGAAAUACUACUUCCAGUGGUGAUGGAAGUAGUAAUGGAACUUUUUUUAGGGCUGUGCUACUAGUUCGCCGGGGAAAGUAUGAUGAAGCACGUGAAUAUGUUGAGAGAGCAAGAAAAUGUUUGGCUACUGAGCUUGCUGCCUUGGUUCUUGAAAGUUAUGAACGUGCAUACAGCAAUAUGGUUCGUGUGCAGCAACUCUCUGAGCUAGAAGAGGUAAUUGAAUACUGUACACUUCCUGUUGGAAAUCCUGUUUCUGAGGGAAAGAGGGCCCUUAUUCGCAAUAUGUGGAAUGAUCGCAUAAAGGGCACAAAGAGAAAUGUUGAGGUUUGGCAAGCACUUUUGGCUAUCAGGGCUCUUGUUUUGCCUCCCACAGAAGACACAGAAACUUGGAUAAAGUUUGCCAAUCUUUGCCGUAAGAGUGGCAGAAUUAGUCAGGCUAGAUCUACUUUACUUAAACUCUUACAAUUUGAUCCUGAAACAUCUCCUGAAACGGUGAGGUAUCAUGGCCCACCUCAAGUGAUGCUAGCAUAUCUUAAAUAUCAAUAUUCACUUGGUGAGGAUCACAGGCGUAAGGAAGCCUUUAUUAGGCUGCAGGAGGUUGCAAGUGACUUGUCAAGAACAUUCCAACCAGCCAUGCAGCCUGGUUUGGUUACUAAUUCCAGUCCUCCGCUCAUUGCUCGUGUGUAUCUCAUACUUGGUACAUGGAAAUGGGCACUUUCUCCUGGUUUGGAUGACGAUUCGAUACAAGAGACUCUUGGCGCUUUUCGAAAAGCUACUCAUUGUGCGCCAAAGUGGGGGAAAGCAUGGCAUAAAUGGGCACUCUUCAAUACAGCAGUGAUGUCUCAUUAUACUUUGCGAGGCUUUCCCGGUCUUGCUGCUCAGUUUGUUGUUGCUGCUGUCACUGGCUAUUUUCACUCCAUAGCUUGCUCAGCGCAUUCUAAGGGAGUGGAUGAUAGUCUGCAGGAUAUACUUCGUCUACUCACUUUGUGGUUCAACCAUGGAGCUACAUCAGAGGUUCAAAUGGCAUUACAGAAAGGGUUCACACAUGUUAAUAUCAACACAUGGUUGGUAGUUUUACCUCAGAUAAUUGCACGAAUUCAUUCAAACAAUCACGCAGUCAGAGAGCUCAUACAGUCAUUACUAGUACGAAUUGGUCAGAGUCACCCACAGGCUCUGAUGUAUCCUCUGCUUGUGGCUUGCAAAUCAAUUAGCACUUUGCGUAGAGCGGCAGCUCAAGAAGUUGUUGAUAAAGUUAGGCAGCAUAGUGGUGUACUCGUGGAUCAGGCUCAACUUGUCUCAAAAGAGCUCAUCAGAGUCGCCAUAUUAUGGCAUGAAAUGUGGCAUGAAGCAUUAGAAGAAGCAAGUCGUUUGUAUUUUGGUGAACACAAUAUCGAAGGAAUGUUGAAGGUGUUAGAGCCAUUGCAUGAAAUGCUUGAGGAAGGGGCAAUGAGGAAUAAUACAACAAUAAAGGAAAAAGCUUUCAUUCAGGCAUACCGACAUGAACUAUUGGAGGCGUAUGACUGUUGCAUGAAGUACAGGAGAACAGGAAAUGAUGCUGGACUAACACAGGCAUGGGAUCUCUACUAUCACGUAUUUAGACGGAUUGAUAGGCAGCUUCAGGCAUUGACAACCCUGGAUUUGCAAUCUGUCUCCCCCGAGCUGCUAGAGUGCAGAAAUUUGGAGCUUGCUGUUCCCGGCACAUACCGCGCAGAUUCACCUGUGGUAACCAUUCUGUCGUUUGCACCCCAACUUGUUGUAAUUACAUCAAAGCAACGACCUCGCAAAUUGACUAUCCAUGGCAGUGACGGGGAGGAUUAUGCUUUUCUGUUGAAGGGACAUGAGGAUUUACGUCAAGAUGAACGUGUCAUGCAGCUUUUUGGCCUUGUCAAUACACUGCUGGAAAAUUCUAGAAAAACGGCAGAGAAAGAUUUAUCUAUUCAGCGAUAUGAUGUCAUUCCUUUGUCCCCAAAUAGUGGAUUGAUUGGAUGGGUUCCAAAUUGUGACACACUGCAUCAUCUCAUUCGAGAAUAUAGAGAUGCUAGGAAGAUUACCCUUAAUCAAGAGCAUAAGCUGAUGUUGGGGUUUGCUCCUGAUUAUGAUCAUUUGCCACUUAUUUCUAAAGUGGAAGUGUUUGAGUUUGCUCUGCAAAACACAGAAGGGAAUGAUCUUUCCAAAGUACUUUGGUUAAAGAGUCGCACAUCUGAAGUCUGGCUAGACAGGAGGACAAACUAUACCAGGAGUUUGGCUGUAAUGAGUAUGGUAGGAUACUUACUUGGCUUAGGAGAUCGACAUCCCAGUAAUCUCAUGUUGCAUCGAUAUAGUGGAAAAAUACUGCAUAUUGACUUUGGAGAUUGCUUUGAAGCUUCUAUGAAUCGAGAAAAGUUCCCAGAGAAGGUACCAUUUCGCCUCACCAGAAUGCUUGUCAAGGCAAUGGAAGUCAGUGGCAUUGAAGGAAACUUCCGUUCCACUUGUGAAAAUGUAAUGCAAGUUCUACGCACGAACAAAGACAGUGUAAUGGCUAUGAUGGAGGCCUUUGUUCACGACCCACUCAUAAACUGGCGUCUUUUCAACUUCAACGAAGUUCCUCAAAUGUCUACGCUACACACUCCUGCUGCAGUCAACAGCGAAGAAUCUUCUUCAAAGGAGCUACUUCAACCACAAAGAGGUGCCAGGGAGAAGGAAUUGCUUCAGGCUGUAAACCAACUAGGAGAUGCUAAUGAGGUUCUAAACGAACGUGCCGUGGCUGUAAUGGCUCGAAUGAGCAAUAAGCUCACUGGACGCGACUUCUCUACUUCACCCCCACCUAUUAGCUCUGCACAACAACAAAUAUUGGAUCAUGGCAACUUGAUUUCUGGCGAGACCCGUGAACCCGAUCACGGGUUAUCCGUCAAGUUUCAAGUCCAGAAGCUUAUUCUCCAAGCAACCUCACAUGAGAACUUGUGCCAAAACUAUGUUGGGUGGUGUCCCUUUUGGUAGGUAGACUGGUGAUGCUGCAAAUGUGUAUGAGUGUGUGUAUUCUUUGUAUUUUUUAUCUGUAAAUGAAUUCCAUGCAGCUUAUGUAUUAGCCUCUCAGAAGUUAUUUCAUGUACAAAAAGUUGCGAGGAAUAAUGUUUUGUUCAGAGUAGUAGGGUGUAGAAAGGCAAAAGGGAAAUGUGAUGUAAAUAAACAGUGUCAACUCUUGCCAGGUUGAAAAAGAAUCCCUCCUGUUCAGCUUAAAUAAGUUAUCCCAUAAUCU